CAAAUCCGAUAUUUGCGUCUCAAUUUCGCAUACAGUUCAGUUCGUCUUCUUAUUUCUAUCUCUCUUCUUCUUUCUUCCUCCUUCCUUUGCAUUUCUUCUCUAGAACCCACAAAGAUUUUGAUUAGAGGGAGAGAGAGAGAGAGAGAUCGUGCUCCAUUUAUGGGGUUCUUUUGACUAGUCUCUCUCUAAGAUCAAGGCACGUGCUUUAAGGGAAACAGGGUUGCGUUGAAUUUGAAGGUUUUUUGUUCCAAAUCGAAGAAGAAGCUUAAAAGAAUACUUGAAUUCGAAGAAAACAAUGGCUGGAUCCGAUGAGAACUACCUGGGUGUGAUCGGACCCGGAAAUGUACAAGGGGUUUUACGUGGCGGAGUAGGGAAGUUUCCGGUGGCGACAGGAACUAAUCGCCGGGCGUUGAGCAACAUUAAUCGGAACAUCAUUGGAGGUCCACCGUACCCCUGUGCUGUCAACAAAAGAGGGUUAUCGGAAAGAGAAGGUAUUUGUAUUAAGAACCCACCAAUUCCAGUGCAUCGACCUAUCACUAGGAAGUUCGCUGCCCAGCUUGCUAACAAGCAGCAGCAACAAUAUAAACCAGAGGAAAUAAAAAAACCAGUUCUAUUGGAACCAAUUUCUAGUGAGCCAGAAGAUUGUAACAUCAUAGAUGUGGAGGACUACAAGAGCAGUAAUGACUUUGCUGUGCCAAUGUAUGUGCAACAUACAGAGGCAAUGUUGGAGGAGAUUGACCGGAUGGAUGAAGUUGAAAUGGAAGAUGUUGAAGAAGAGCCGAUCAUGGACAUAGAUGGCUGUGACAAGAAGAAUCCACUUGCUGUAGUUGAAUACGUUGAUGAUUUAUACAAUUUCUACAAGAAAGCAGAGAUAUCUGGCUGUGUUGCACCAAACUACAUGGAACAGCAAUUUGACAUCAACGAGAGAAUGAGAGGCAUUCUCAUUGAUUGGUUGAUUGAGGUGCACUACAAGUUUGAAUUGAUGGAGGAGACCUUAUACCUUACUGUCAAUCUCAUCGAUAGAUUUCUAGCAGUCCAGCCCGUAGCGAGAAAGAAACUCCAGCUCGUUGGAGUGACAGCCAUGCUACUUGCAUGCAAAUAUGAAGAAGUAUCUGUUCCAGUUGUUGAGGAUCUCAUUCUGAUUUCUGAUAAAGCUUACAGCAGAAAAGAAGUGCUUGACAUGGAGAAGCUCAUGGUGAACACCUUACAAUUUAAUCUAUCUGUUCCCACUCCAUAUGUUUUUAUGAGGAGAUUCCUAAAGGCUUCACAAUGUGACACGAAGCAGCUUGAACUUCUGUCAUUCUUCAUUGUUGAGCUCUGCCUCGUUGAAUAUGACAUGCUCAAGUUUCCACCUUCAUUGUUAGCUGCUGCUGCAAUAUAUACUGCUCAAUGUACUCUUAGUGGAACAAAGCAAUGGAGCAAGACUAACGAGUACUAUACUAGCUACUCAGAAGAGCAGAUCAGGGAAUGUUCAAGGCUUAUGGUUAAUUUUCAUAGGAAUUCUGGAACAGGGAAGCUAACAGGCGUACAUCGGAAGUAUAGUACCUCUAAAUUUGGUUAUGCUGUGAAGAACGAGCCUGCUAACUUUUUACUGGAAGCUAAAUUUUAGCAGGACUGACAAGCAUAAGAUGAUUUGACAUGAAAAGACUAACCUUAUUCAAGUAAAAUUUGGGGGUUGGGGGGUUAUAACAGAGCAACUGAAGUUGCCCCUGGACGAGGAUCAAGGCCUAGAGUUCUUUGAACUGUUGAUAUUCUUUCUUUUAUGCUAUUUGAACAUAACAGGGAUGUUUUCAUUUUCCUUUCUCAAGAGUAAAAUAAUGUUUUCAAGGCUUGAUUUUCUGUGUAUGUUUCUCGUUGAAUCAUUCGCAUUUGAAAUUAGCGAUUGAAGAUGGGCAUUACUGUUUUUUAUAGAAUGGUUUGAGAUUUUGCUUGUCUCAGGCUGUUUUCUACUGAAGAUGGGCUAAGUUAGAAUA